GUGAGAGGCGGUGGUGAGUCAAACAACCAGACUAUACCCAUGGUGACUCCACAGCUGGUGAUUUUAGAGUGGUGUUCGACUCUUGGUUGUUGGAAUCGAAGGAUUGAUGGAAAGAUAGGAAAUGAUUGCACGAUGAAGUAGGCUUUUUAUAUACCACGCCAUGCGAAGGGGAAGCAACACCAGGUGUCACAAUUGGCGUGUUAUGGAGGAAAUGCACAUACGGAAACCCCGUAGGAUGAACCGGGUGGUCAAACUCUGAUAUUCUUCAAAAACAUCGCGGUGUCCCUUUAUUUGAUUUCUGUUUUCCGAUUCGUUUUACGAUUCGGUGGGAAACCGAUAUGGACGAGUUUGAAAUAGUUUGCACCUGCCGAGGAUUAUUUUGUUGUGGGGAUAUUAUUUGACAUUGAUGUCAGCAAAUGUCAACCAUGGCAAAUAGACAAAAUGAACUGAAACACAAGCCACGGCACCUUUUACAGUGAUUUAUACAACCGGUAAAAACGGAAACGAUCGCAAACAAGAACAAUUUAGAUGCACUAAGGUAGCCAGGAAAAGUCGUGUGAAAACACAAUUCUUGUUUUCGCUGUUUUGCUGGCGAAACAUGCAACUCCGCGCCUCGUAUUCGCCAAUUCUGAAGGCGUUGGUGUCCGGGGAGAGAAGUGGUGGUCUUUCAAACCACUCCAUGCGAGGCAACGUAGGAUAUAAUCUAGAAGAAGGGGACGUCGUGUCUGAUGCGGCUACUACCGGUGGUGGGGGCUAUAGCUUGGACGCUGGAAGCAAUGACUCGUCCACUGUGGAGGUGGGCCCCCACCUCACCGUCGCAGAGACGGUAGCCAUUGCUCUUGUACUUUCAACUUUGAUCAUUCUAUCCAUCGUCGGCAAUGUAUUGGUGUGUGUUGCUGUAGCCACCGAGGAUAAACUCCGAAAGACGGGUAACUCAUUCAUCGUGUCGUUAGCGAUGGCGGACCUUCUUGUGUCGAUACUUGUCAUGACGUUUGGCAUGGCUAAUGAUCUGCUUGGUUAUUGGGCUUUUGGUCCCGAGUUUUGCGAUGUUUGGAUCUCGUUUGACGUGAUGUUUAGCACUGCGUCCAUUCUGAAUAUAUGCGCCAUCAGUGUGGAUCGGUAUCUCCAUAUUAAGAAACCAUUUGCUUAUUAUCGAUGGAUAACUAACAAACGCGCUGUGAUUGCAAUAGGUGUUGUUUGGAUUAUGUCUGCUUUGGUGUCAUUUUUACCGAUACAACUCGGCCUUCAUAAGGGUUUUGGUGGACCGGCUGUUUCGCCAAGUACCCCAGCACCCGUCCCUGAUGACGUACUGGUCGCAAGUAAUGCCUACAUCUGCAUGCUGGAUUUGAACCCGACGUAUGCAGUGGUGUCCUCUACGAUCAGUUUCUUUGUGCCGUGUGUGGUAAUGAUCGCCAUCUACACCCGGAUCUUCAGCGCGGUGAGGGAGCGGGUACGGAACGCCCGGAUGGGCAGACUGGGUAAGAUCGACAAUCCGGACUCGUCCUGUCACGGCAACCAAGCUGCCUCGGACCACAAGGCAGCUGUGACACUCGGAAUAAUCAUGGGGGUAUUUUUAAUCUGCUGGGUACCUUUUUUCUCCCUGAACAUCAUUACACCGUUGUGUGACAAGUGCGAUCCCUCACCUGCUCUCCUCGCCACCCUAACGUGGCUAGGGUAUCUCAACUCCACGCUCAACCCCAUCAUAUACAGCAUCUUUAAUCGGGACUUCCGGGAGGCCUUUAAACGAAUCCUCGGAUUGAACUUCAUCAUGAGGAAGAUCAGAGAAAGAAAGGCUGGCUUAUUGAACUCCAACAGUCCUAGAAGCAGUAUUGAAAGCAGCGUGGCGUACACCAAUGGGAGGCGAGCAGCACCUACUCCCCAGAUCGACCCGGAAACGCAGGUAGCUCCCGUGUCGAGCCUUCCCAGAGUGGAUUACAUCUUCGAUAGAAUCACAUCAUGCUGACAAGCCGUUUACUAUUUACUGUACACUUAACAUAUGACAAAGUAUUGAAGCUGGUGGUGGGAAGCAUUAUUUUGUAUCAAGAGUAUCUUUUUAGAGUAAUGUUUUAGUUUUCUAUGUAACAAGCGAUGGGUGACUGGUAUGCGUUGUUUGUCACGAGUGUGUAAGCAAAAGUGUAAACAGCAAAAAUGUAAAGUGGCUUAGUAUUUUUUGCGGGCUAGAAACGAAUGAUUUAGCAUUACCAACAGCCUUUUUUAACAGCCAUGAAGUAUGUAAGAUUUAAAUUACAAAUUGGUAAGUCUAAGAAUACUUUGAAGACGUUGAGCCAAAAUGAGUCAGGUUCUUGCAAACAAAGAAUUUGCAAAAUGUUUUGAAAAUAACAUUUAUUUGGUUUGUUUUUAAAAAGGGCUUCAAUGUUGAAUUAAGUUUUGUCAUUCACUCAUUAUCUAAAACAUUGGGACCUUAUGAAAGUGGAAACAAAAUGCAAGUCUUUAACCUUCAUUUAGAUAUCACUGUUUUGGUAAAAACGCUGCAAGGGUGCAAAAACACGUUUGAUGAAAAUGCCCUCUAUGCUACUUUUGGUUGUAUGACGAAUUUUCCUUAUAAAUAUGUCGAAUACCUGCCAAUUUACAAGACAGGGCCACCAACUCUCUCCCUUUUUCACCGGCAAAUCAUGAUGGCCUCAAUACGAGCAUGCCUGAAUUCAAAUGCUCCUUUUCCUUCAAAACGCAUUGGUGAAAUGUUCACUUUGGUUGUAUCCUGAGUUUUUUAAUAUUAAAAGCUGGUGUACAUGUAUAUACACGAAUGAUCAUUGAUAUACCACACAUCUAAGAUUGCUCAACCAGACCAGUGUUUUAAACAAACUGUACAAUUAUUUAAUGAUUACACCCGCAAUUAGCGAAGAUUAGUUAUUCAUUCAUGAGUUUAAGCUGGUCAAUUAAUUCAACCGAAUGCACGGUUUCGCGAUUUCUAAUUGAUAUUUUAUAUACUUAAACAUCAUUCAUAAAACAUCUCGGCACGAAAACACUAAUUACCUCUGGAGUAUCGCGUUGUAUGUAGAUGACAAACCGUUUUGACAGUAUAAUUCAUCGGUGGUUAACUUAUUUAAUUAGAUACAUGGACUAAUUAGUUAACGGAUACACAGUGAUCUAAUAAGGCGGGGUGUCUUAAUCGAAAAACAUCCGACUCUUAUCAAGACAAAUUGCAAAUGAAUCUGACCUGAUUGUUAGUGUCUUCGUUCGAUGCAUGCGUUGCAUGUUUUUUUUUAUAGUCGUAACUCAAUUGCAAACCGCACUAAUUGAAACAAAAAACAAUAAUGCAAAUGUUGGGCUCUCUAAUACCCACGCAAUGUUGUGAAUAAAAUUGAGUCUCGCCUUGAUCAAUGUGAAAGCAAUCAAUAAGUAAACCAUGAAUGCCAAAACGCGAUUUUAACAAAAAAUUAUAAUGACAAAGGGUAAUUUUUUAAGGAAAAAAAUCCACAUCACUGAAACAAAAAU